UAAUGUGGGAGCGAGCCUGAAAAAAAUCCAAGAUGGCAGCCACCGUGAACGUUUUACUUCCAAAUGGCCGUCGACAAAAUGUGAAAGUAACUGCGAAUACACGCAUUUUGCAGGUCAUUGAAAAUGUGUGCGGCAAGAUUGGAUUGAAUCCUGAUGAGUAUAAUCUGAAGCACAUUCGUAGUAUCCUGGACCCGCAGCUGUCGAUCCGCUAUGCUAACCUGCCCAACAACUGCAAACUGGAGCUAGUCAAGGCAGACCGGCCACGGACAGAGUCGGCUGUGUUCAUCGCUUUGCAGGUAGAGUCCGGGGAGAGACUGCAGGGGGAGUUUGCUCCGCCCACCAGCCUGUGGGAUAUCCUAAUACACUGGGAGACCAAAAACGAAAGUAUGACUGGCAAGUUGGCUGCAUCUUCCCAAGCAGAUGACACAGGGAAAGCCAUCCAUCCUGUGUGUAUCUACUUGAGGCAAGAGAUCGUAGGAGAAGCCUGGCUCAGAGCAACUACAUUGAAAUCCUUAGGAUUGACAGGUGGAAAAGCAAUCAUCAGGCUAAAUCACAGAGCAGUCGAUCUCCCAGCUCCACCCUCCACCCAAUCGGCAAAGACUACCCCUGCAAUUAAAAUCCAGCAGUCCAGUCAAGCAUCGACUUGUGCUCCACAAGGGCUGCCAACUUCAGUAUCUAGGGGUGGUGAUGACACAGAUACCGGAACGAGUCAAACAAGUUCGCAAGAAAGCAGAGACACGAGAUUAACUUUAGAAGUGUCAAAAACUAAAGGUGCCCAGAACAAAAACAACAGUGAACCGCAAGAUUUCCAACCAGAGUCAUUGAGUUCGGAUCGUCCAGAGCCAAUGGACGUUGAAGAAACCACAAAUGCAAGCCAACCUACUCCUGUUGGCAGUAGAAGUCAUGAAGGGGAAAGAGAGAAACGUCCACAACAAACGCAACCAAAACAGAAGGGUGUAAUUCAACAGCAGAGUCCCAGCUUAGAACUCACCCCAGAAAUGGAGCAGCGAGCCAAUAUGAUGGGGGCAGCCCUAGCCGAAGCCAUUCUAAAGCAUCGCACUGAGCAGCAGCUAGCCCAGCUGAAGCAGUCUUGGUCUGCUCAGCCACAGCCACAGCCACAGUACCGGCCACAAUUUGCAGAUUUCAAGUUUCCACAGCAACCAAGUAGCCAAUCACAGCCCUCGUUAAGCCCCCAGCAGCAGUCCAGCAAGCCCCCAGAGCCUUGUGAGAGGCAUCCUCUCGUCUUCAGCCUGGAUCAGGUUACCGGUGAUCCAUCGGAUACCAGUCAGGACUUGCCUGACAAGUUCUUUGAAGUCACUGUGGACGAUGUCAGAAGAAUGAUGGCAGAUCAGCAGUUACAUAUGAGUGGCAGCGAGGAUCAGCAUCUGCAGACCAAGGCAAUGCGGGAAGCAAAGGCUCUCAAGAAGGCUCAGCAAUACUCCCAGGCGGCCGUCCGCGUCCACUUCUCGGACCGCUAUGUCCUCCAAGGAUUCUUCAGGCCUCUAGAGACCAUCAAAGCUCUCAGAGACUUUAUUCGAGGUCAUCUACAAGACCCUGGAAUUAACUUUUACCUGUACACCACCCCACCGCGUUGCAUUCUCAAAGAUGACUCCUUGUCUCUUUUCAAGGCUAACCUCUUUCCGGCCGCUGUGGUCCAUUUUGGCUCCGAGGCAGCUUACGAUCACUACCUACGGACGGAUCUCUUGAGUGAGGUGACAUCUUUCACCAAAGCAAAAGAGGAAGCUGCAUCAGUUGUUAGGAGCACCUCAAAGGACGGGGCUCGGGGAACAAGUGGCUCAAGCAGCAGUCGGAUCGGACAGCUCGGCUUAUCAAGUGGAGCCUCAACAUCCAAAGCCUCUGCCCAAGGGAAGAAAGACGGGUCCAGUAAAAGACAGGCCACUGGCGAGGCGGCCGCCAACUCAGAGAAGAUACCCAAGUGGUUCAAAAUGGGAAAAAGGUGAAAGAAUCAUCAUUAGGAAUCAGUACAAGUUAUGAGAAUCUAUUGACAUUACAUGUAUUUGAUCAAAAGCUAUUUAAAAAAAUAAUCCUUGAGUUAUUUCAUUUUGUCCAUUAUUUAAGACACUCGUUCUGAAACAUUUGUCUAACAACUGUCUACAUAUUGAUAACACUUGUAUAUCCAAAAAGUUAAAAUUACAUUUCUCUUUUGAAAGCAUUUUUAAAAUGUUGUAAAAUGUUCUGCAAAGUCCUGUAAUGUGUCCAUGACUAGCAAUUUCAUAGGGAGACAAGUUGUAUUUUGAGACUUUGCAGUUCUUGUUUAAUUGAUAUUCAAAAGAUCAUGUGGCCUCCUUUAUAAUUUUUGAUAUGCAAUUGUGUUCUUCACAUUAAUAUUAAGCUCAAAGUUUCAUUAUCAAACUUCUUAACAAGAUUUUUUUUAGUUUGCAGAAUCAAUGGUUUGUUUAAUGCCGGUUUAAACUAAAUCGCUCUCAAAGCUAAAUGCAGACAUUAAGAUAGACAUCUUUGCUCAUAGAAAGCUAUCAAAACGUGUGCUCCUUAAUAAUAAUUUAUUUCAAUUAAAGAAACAUCUAAGUGGUUCCUUAAUUAAACAAAUUUAACGUAAUUGCA